AUGUCAUCAACCCGCAAGAACCCCAUACAAUUUGUAUCCCUAAUAUCACGAACCGAUAAACCACUCUACAUCCAAUCAUUCAUACUGGAGAUAGGGUCAAAUCCGAAAGAAGCAAACACAGAUGGAACCACAGAAUCCGUUCAAUCGACAUCUACAAUCAACAAGUUUCUCAAAUUCAACUUCUUCAGUCAUAUGGCACUAGACAUAUUUUCAUCACCCACAUCACUCUCCUUACGUGAACAACAACAACAACAACAAAACACCAAUGGCGUCUUGCUCUUGUUUAUCCAAGACCAAGUGAUUGUGUAUGGAUAUGAAUCGAAUAAUGGGCUAAAAAUAAUUGUGGGAAUGGAUCAAAGUGCCAUCAUAAAUCAAGAUAAUUUAUACCAAUUCAUUACUUCAGUUUAUAAAUUAUAUUUAAGAGUUGUUUGUAAUCCAUUUAAAAAUUUUGGCAUUGGUCAACAAGAUGAACAAGAGGAUGGCAAUGAAGAGGAUGUUUUAAACUCGCCCAAGUUUGAUGAGGGGGUAAAGAAACUAGUUGAUAAUUUUAUAUAA